GGUACCGUCGUCUUGGCCACGUCCCCGAGCCACGUCGCGCAUACCUCGCCAUUUUCCCAUCUUCCUAAAGCCAGUGUAUUUUGGUGUCGCGGUGUCAUUCAACGCCGUCAGUUCGUAAAUUGAACGUCAUCUCAGACAAACUGAGCUGUUUGUCGACUCUUUAUUCGGGUCACCUCUGCUGGAGCUCCCACAAACAUGAACAUUUUCAGGCUAACCGGCGAUCUCUCCCACCUUGCAGCCAUCAUCAUCCUGCUGCUAAAAAUAUGGAAAACCAGAUCUUGUGCCGGUAUUUCUGGAAAGAGUCAAGUCCUGUUUGCCUUGGUGUUCACCACUCGCUACCUGGACCUGCUCACCGCCUUCAUCUCGCUCUACAACACCAGCAUGAAGGUCAUCUACAUUGGGUGCGCAUACGCCACCGUGUACCUGAUCUACCUCAAGUUCAAAGCGACAUAUGACGGGAACCACGACACGUUCCGAGUGGAGUUCCUGGUUGUCCCGGUUGGGGGCCUGGCUUUCCUGGUGAACCACGACUUCUCUCCCCUGGAGAUCCUGUGGACUUUCUCCAUCUACCUGGAGUCGGUGGCCAUUCUGCCCCAGCUUUUCAUGAUCAGCAAGACCGGCGAGGCCGAGACCAUCACCACCCACUACCUGUUCUUCCUGGGACUCUACAGAGCACUCUACCUCUUCAACUGGAUAUGGAGGUUCUACUUCGAGGGGUUCUUUGAUAUGAUUGCAAUCGUUGCCGGGGUGGUGCAGACCAUCCUCUACUGCGACUUCUUCUAUUUGUAUGUAACGAAAGUGCUGAAAGGAAAGAAGCUGAGUCUUCCGGCUUAAGCGCCAAAGAGGAGUGCGUUGGGUGACUCAUAGCGGGGAAUGGGAGGAGGAGGAGAGGUAUUGGAUGCCUCCGAAGCCCCUUCCGCCCCCCCCCC